AUGAAAGAUAUUGAUGAACGAUGUGGAGCUCUCGUGAUUCUAAGUCCUGUUGUUCGAGGCACGGAAGUCAAACUUGGAUAUUUUCCCUCUGACCAAUCUUUACAGCGCCAAACUUUCUCUAAACGAACAUGGAAGAAAGAUACGCAGAAUAUACAGCUGCGAGAAGAGCGACCGAGUUACCCUGUUCUCGGACCAAAGUUUGCUGACUUUAAUACAACAGAAUGUAUUUAUGUUUAUGUUGGCUCCGACCUGUAUUGCAAAACUGAAAAUGGAACAGAGCCUGUACAAGUAACACUUUUAAUUGGUCGGGAUUCAUUUGAUCUUGCUGGAAGUGAAGGGGACAAAAGUUUGUACCGAUUCCAAAACGUUCACCAACAAAUGGCUGGACUUUCUAGACGGACGGUGACAUGUCAGGUUUUAAAUGCAGCCCUUGAAACACCAUACGAAGUGCACAGCAUGUUAUGUAACGUAGAAAAAGGUAGCCUGUCUGUUCUAACAGUUCCUGGACAAGUUCAUGGAGAAAGAUCUUCAUCAAUUUGUGAAGUGCGAAAUGCUUUACCAGCUCCGGCAAUAGAAAUACGCGUUGACAAAGUCUUGCUAGCAAAUGUUCAACAACUUGAUUCAUUUAAUAGAUCUUCUCAUAUGUUUACCAGCACAGCAACGAUGAUGAAGACGAACAAAACAUGGAAUGGAAAACAAAUGUGUUGUACCAUGAAAACCAAAUACGAGUAUGGUCUUGAAAAUGUGUCAGAAUGCAAAAACAUCAGUAUGAAAUGUGAUCCGACUUUAAAUCUGAACGAGACAUCACCUGUUGAUUUACCUCCGAACAAAACAGUGGUCGUAAAAUGUACCGUGGAUGACUGCAAUGCUAAUGUGUUAUGGACGCUUUGGUGGGAAGAUGAACAAAACUCUAUAAUAAAGACUUGUAACAAAACAGAGGAAUGCCUGUUAACACUGAAUUAUACGGGAGAAGGAGAAAAGACGUACAAAUGCAGCGCACAGGAUCUUCUGAACAUUUCAUUGACAGUUUCAAGUUCAAUGAGUGAUGGUAGUCAACCCCAGGAAAAGGACAAUCAGACAUUUUCUUCGACAUUCCCAUUUCCUGUUCACAAAGUUCUUAUCGGAACAGGCGUUUUAUGUGGACUAUGCAUCCUAUUUAUAAUCGGAAGAUGUGUAUGUCUUAAACGGCGAAAGGUCAACAAAAUCAACACAAUAGAAAUUGUUGGAAAUCAUAACGACACCUCGUCGGACAAUGGCGUGCUACAGAUAGCUACGGAAGGAGUCCAGUACGCAGUCGUGCAGAGGCAGGCGGCCACACAGAGGACUGGAAUACAGCAACCACAUGACAAUGGCCUAACGUACGCCGAGUUGGACAUCAAGUUCCUACAAGAAGCUAACGCAAGAGUUCCGCCAAGAAAAAAUAACACACCGACAGAAUAUGCUGACAUUGCGUUUUCCUCAACACAGAAAUCUGCUGAAGAAGAUCAUGUUUACCACAAUACAUCUGCGUAG